GAGGAGUUAGAACGAGUUAGCUCAGCGUCUCAGCUUAGACAGAGUAGAAAGAAAAUCCACGGGCUAUGGGUUUUUUGUUCUCUUCUCAGCAUACAUACGCUGAAGCUCGACUGAUACCCAUGCAAAUCCCAACAGCCAUUUCCUCCAUUAUUCUAUAGCGGAAAAAGGUUCAUCUAUUUAUUUCUUUCGCGAAAUGCAGCUCAGUCUCUCUCUUAUUAAUUAUCAAUAAUUUGUUCUUUCCCUCAAUAAAUGAAUUGAUCUCUCUCGAUGGUUGCGAACGUCUAAGGUUGUUGAUUAAUUAGCGUCUUGUCUCUGUUCGAUGUAAAGCAUUGAUCUUUGCUCGUUGAAUUGGCUGGAGUGGUAAGUGUUUUUUGAUAGACUGGUUAAUUGAUUUUACAUAGAUUCGGUUUAGGGAGGGGAUUUGAGUGUGGAGAUAGGUAUGGGAUCUCAGGGAGGUGGUGGAGGGGGAGGGGGAGAAGGGGUGGGCGGAAGAAACCAUACACAGAAUCAAGACCCGAAAUCCAAUGGAUUGGCUAGGCAAGGAUCACUCUACACCCUCACUCUAGACGAGGUUCAAAAUCAGUUAGGGCAUUUGGGGAAGCCCCUAACCAGCAUGAAUCUCGACGAGCUUCUCAGGAGUGUAUACACUGCUGAGGCGACCAGUCAAGGAACAGAUUUUGGACAAGUCCAGCAUGCUUCCUGUCAAGAUCACUUUUCGGGGGAUCUUAGCAAGAAGACUGUUGAUGAGGUGUGGCAUGAUAUACAGCAAGGGGAGAAAAGAAGUAGUCUUGACAGAAAAGCCACUCUGGGUGAGAUGACACUUGAGGAUUUCUUGGUUAAGGCUGGGAUAGUAUCGCCCGGAAUGAAAAACUCAGGACCGGUCCUAGCUGCAGAUUCAAUGGCACUUCUACAACUCAAUGCUCAAUGGCCGAAUUAUCACAUCCCAAAUACUAUUCAGCAACAGCACAGUAUGCUGCCCGUUUUCAUGACAGGUCAGCAGAACCUGCCCGUUGUUCCGAAUCCAAUGAUGGAUGUAAGUUAUUCUGAGCAGAUGACUAUGUCUCCUACUCUUAUGGGAGCAAUGUCUGACACACAAGGCUCUCGAAGAAAGAGAACUGCCCCGGAAACUGUGGUUGAGAAAAGCGUGGAAAGGAGGCAGAAAAGGAUGAUAAAGAAUAGGGAAUCUGCUGCCCGAUCGCGAGCAAGGAAGCAGGCUUACACACAAGAGCUAGAGAGCAAGGUUUCUCGUUUAGAAGAAGAGAAUGACAGACUCAAAAAGCAAAAGGUAUGCUUCAGCACAGCAACUGCAUUCAUUAAUUCAUGGUAUUAGUAACUUUGUUUUUUAUAUCUGAAUUUUUUGUUUUUAUUUGCUAUUAUUAAUGAAUCAAAGUGCCUUUACAUGCAUUGAUUGUUUCAUUGACAAUGAGCUGUUUAUUUUUUCAAAAAGUUAUGCAUGUAAAUUAUUCCCAAUUUAAUCAGAGUCCUUUUUUUUAAGUUUUUAUUAGACCUUUUUUUCAUGUUUUAAUCACAGUUCCUUCUAGUUUAAGCAAUUAAUUUUGAUCACUUCUCUAACUUCAAAUGCAUCAUGUCUUAAUAUAGAAUAAUCUGAAUCUAAGGUAGAAGUGUUGUUGGCUGUUGGUAUUUGAGGUUGCUAGGACUGUGGGAAAGUCAUUUCUGGUGAAACUAACACACUGGACCACAACUUUAUUCUUACCACUUAAGCAAUGUAGAAUGAAGUUAGGCUGUUUAGGGUCACUUUGCGUCCUCGAUUGAGUCUUGAAGUCUUGAAGAGUGUCAAGUAUCUAACAUCAGUUCUUUACUGCUUUGAGCCUAGUAUGUAACCUAUUGACUGCUCAUUGAGUAUCCUUUUGGAGGGUAAUUUAGGUCCAAUUUAACAAGAAGGAAAUGGGGCAAGGUCCACUUGCUGUCUACUGAUGAGUCAUUGAAGCUGCCAGCUCAUGCAAUUUCCGACGUGAUUUUCGCCAUGGGUCAUCCGGAAACAGUCUCUAUGUGCUUUUAGUACAGGGGAGAAAGAGAAGCUGUUGCCUUACGUCCAACCUCAGGAGCCGAAGUAUCAGUUGCGAAGAACAAGCUCGUCCCCUUUCUGACAACAUAAUUUGUGAAUGACAACUAUAUAUAGCUGCAUAUAAUUUCUUGUCACUCAAACUUUCAUAAAGUAGUGUUGGUACCGGUCUGGACAACCUGGUGUGAGAGAGAUGCCUUGAAAAUGUCAUCUGGAGCUCCUGUUGGUUUUUUACAUUACCCGGCCCCUCCCUCCCCUCCCUCACACUUAUUACUUUAUUAGUUUAUUUUCUUUGUAUGUAAAUUUCAUAGUUUAAAACUUGAAGCUAUGUUGUUAGAACAUAGUUUUGGGACGUAGUUAUUUGUUCUCGCAAAAAGUGCUGUGUAGGACCAUAUUUCACCUGUGUAUCUCAUAAAGUUCUACACUUCUACUUACUUUGGUAGUACUAUCUUGCUACAUGUGAAAAGUUUUGGGAGCCAUUGUAACAAGAUUACCUUUAAAAAUGAAAAUAAAAAAUAAAUUUUACAGUA